AUGGGUGACGUAAUCCAGAUAAAACGGCGAAUUAAGGCGUAUAAACUGACCAUUAGGUUGUUAAAAAAGAAAGUCAAUGAUUUGAUUAGUAAGAUAGCCGGAAGUGAUGAAAAGGGAUUGGAAAGUACUGAAGAAGGUGAGAUAAGAACAGAAAAACCAAAAGAACGCCGGAAAAGGAAACAUAAAGAUAAUUUAAUCGGAUGUAGUUUAAGUGAGACAAGUACAAGUCUGGCCAGGGGUGAGAGUAUUAAUGGAGUAUGUACUGCUGGAAAUGCAGUGGUAGGUGGUUUAGAAGAGGUGGGUUUAGAUAUAGAUCAGAUGGAGGAGAUAGCUAAGAAAGAUAUGAGUGGGUUUUUGAAAGUCUUUUUUGAAACACUUGAUAGUACAGAUAGUUUGUGUCAACGACGAGUUCUAGAAAAAGUAGGAGUACUUAUGAGCAAUACAAUUAAGUAUGUUAUUUUACAUGAUACGGUCUUAUUUGCCGCUGCUUUAGAGAAGUAUGAGGUGUUUUAUCAGGCUUUGUAUCCUUAUGGUCUGGAUCGGGAUGGGAGUGAAGUAAGUGGGGCUUUACAGUAUAUUUAUGAGUAUGUAAGUGGUGAAGUGGAUGAAGAAGGAAUGGUGCAGAGGUGUGGGAAGGUUUUGGAGAAGGCGGCGGGUUUAUCUGUCUUUGAUAAGGACGGGAAGUUAGGACAAUUAGCAUUUGAUGCCGCUACGGCAAUUCGUAUGUACAGUAAAGUUUUGGAUUGGGACUGGACUUAUAAUGUGUUUAUUAGAACGUGUUUAUUUCCGGUGCUUUUGAAACCGGAGUUAGCCUUUCCUGUGCUGACUUUAUCUAUUUUGUAUGCUGAAUGGCAUCGAGUAUUAGCUCAUCAUAAGAGUUUAGAGUAUGUUUUGCAGACUUUAGAUAAGAUAGCUGGAGUAGGUUUAGGAGAGAACAUUACUGAAUCAAGGUAUACCUUGGAAGCCCAACUAGCUAGUGCCUUGAUGUUACGGCAAUUCCGGCCUGGAGCAGCUGUGAAGUGGCACCGGCAAAGAAUAGAGGAGGCUAAUGAAGAGACCAAAGCGAUUAUUGAAGAUAUUUGGAAGGUUGUUUUGUUAUAA